AUGUCUUCAUCUACUCUAAUACCUGAUCGUGUUUUCAUUGUUGAUAAACGUCUUGUACCAAUUGAUAUUAAACAAUUUCAUUUCAUACAAUUUUCUCAUCCUCGUACAAAACAGAAACAAUCUUAUGCUAUUGAUCAUCAAUCUAAAACAAUCUUUGAACUUAUUCAAUGUACUCGUUCACAUUCAAGUUGGUUUAUUAAUGAUGAACAUGUGCUACCAGAUGGAUCAUUGUAUAUAAUUACUCCAAUUAAUUUAAUCUUUCUACUUUUACCUUCACUUUGGUCUCAUGCUCGAACAAAUUUUGUUCCAAUAACAACAAUUAUAAACGAUUCAUUUAAACAAUUCGAAUUAGAUGAUGAUUUUAUCAUCGAAAAACUUCAUUCAAUCUGUAAUAUUGAUAAUGAAAAACAAUUAAUUAAAUUAAAUCAAGAGAAUUUAAUCGUAUGGCUUCAUGAUAGAAUUGAUCGACUUAAAAAACAUGUUAAAGAUGAAGAACAUGCAUUUGAUCUUGUCUGUGAAUAUUUAUCAGAUGAUAUUGUUGAACAAUGUCAACAAGAAUUAAAACUUCAUGGAAAUGUACAUUAUGAUAUACCAAUUGGUACACAUUAUCUUCUUAAAAAACGUGGUUCAUUACAAUCAAAAGAUGAAAUUAAAUUUUCUACUAAUGAUCGUAAUUUAUCGGAGACAACAAUUGCUCAUGCAAAACAAAUUUUAUAUGAACAUUUUUUCAAUGUAAGUCAAUCAUCGAUGCCACAUGAAUUUCAUCAAAUACAAAAUAAAUCCGACUGUAUAUUUGCUAAACGAGCACGAUUUUGGAAUGCACCUCAUUGGCUUGAAAAUGUAUCAAUUGAAGAAAAUUGUGAACGAUUGUUACCAAGUUUUAUUCUCUUUUGUGCAUUUGUGAAAGACAUAUCUCUUGAUGGUUAUUUGAUUGAAAUUACUCAUAAUCAUUUAACGGCAACUCUUGAAGAUUUUGGUCAAGUAUUCAAACAAAUUCUUCGUUUUCUUUCGGAUCAUGAUCCAGUUAAACGUCAUUGUAUGAAUGUUACACCAUCACGUAUUGGACAAACUGGUUGGGUAUUUGAAUUUGAUCGUGUGACUUUUUUUAUAACAACAUUUACACCACAUUAUCCUGAAACACAUCCACGUUAUGCUCAUGGUUCGAAAAAUUAUUGUCAUAUUCUUUUUCAACCUGAAUUAUCAUUUCUUCGACAUGAUUUACCUGAUGAUACACCAGAAACAAAUUGGAAAGAACCAGUAACAAGUCGAGAUAAAAUUCGUGUUGCCUUUCGAAAACAUGGAAGAGAAUAUCCAAUAAGACCAACUAUUUAUUAUCCACCAGCUCAUGAUAUGAUUAGACCAUUGAGUAAUGAUUUGGAGGAUAUUGUUGAAUGGUGGCUUUGA